AUGAAUCCCCAGAAUCCCCUGGGCCGCCCGCCCUCAUACACGUAUGCUCCUCCAGGCGGCCUCGGUGCGCCCCCCUCUGCUCACGGCCGUCCUGCGAGUCCCCUUCCUCCCAUCAACACGUCGGCGCCUGGAUACCCUCCCCAGCAGCCGCCCUACCCUCCCCAGCCCAACGCCAUGGCAGAGGUCGCGGGCGAGGGUCGUUCAAAGGCGCAGCUGAUUGUCGGCAUUGAUUUUGGUACCACCUUCUCCGGUGUCGCAUUCGCUUUUGCGACAAACACUGAGGCCAAGGAAGACAUCAUUACCGAAUGGCCUGGCGCGGGCAACCAGACCAAACAAAAGAUUCCUACGGUGCUCUACUACGACCAGUACCAAAAGGUUGUUGGCUGGGGCCCUGACAUUGCUGAUGCUUUGGCCCCCACGGGCUACCCCAAGCCUGGCGUGCAAAAGGUCGAGUGGUUCAAGCUGCAACUGAUGCUGUCUGGAAACACAUACAUUGACCCCAUCAACCUUCCCCCGCUACCCCCGGGCAAGUCUGAGAUCGAUGUCGCUGCCGACUACCUCUUUCACCUCCGACAGGCGAUGCGGAACCAGCUGCAGAAGACGCUGGGUGAGGUGUUCAACCGAGAAGAGCGCAACAUCAGGUACUACCUGACAGUCCCCGCCAUCUGGAACGAUGCUGGAAAAGCUGCCACGCGCGCUGCUGCCAUCCAGGCGGGUUUCCUUCGUGACGAAAACGACAACAGGUUGACACUCAUUACUGAACCCGAGGCUGCUGCCAUGUUCUGCUCCAAGACUGGUCUGCUCAACCUCAAGAUACACGACGCUGUGCUCAUUGUCGAUUGCGGUGGUGGUACCGUCGAUUUGAUCGCCUACGAGGUCGAAGAGGAGCAACCCUUCUCCGUUGCCGAGUGCACAGCAGGCUCCGGUGACUCGUGCGGUUCUACAGCGCUCAACCGCAACUUUAGCAACAUUCUCCGUGCGAAGAUUAGGAAAAUGAAGCUGCCAGACGGCUCAAAGACUGCCGGAAAGGUCUACGCCAAGUGCAUCAUGGACUUUGAGAACAGGAUAAAGGCCGACUUCCGUAACAACGGACAGAAAUGGGCCGUUGACGUUGGUAUCGAGGCCGAGUUCCCUGAAGCGGGCAUUGAAGAAGGAUACAUGACUUUUACCAACGAGGAGAUUCUGCAGUGCUUUGAGCCUGUGGUGAACCGAAUUCUUGAACUUGUCAGGAACCAAAUUAUUGCUAUUCAGGCGCAGAACAGGUCAUUACAGAACGUCCUGGUUGUCGGUGGUUUUGGUGCCUCGGAGUACCUCUUUCAACAAAUUAAGCUCCACGUCCCUCCGCAAUUCCAGUCCAAGGUUGUUCGACCCAUGGACUCGGUCGCCGCCAUUGUCAAGGGAGCCGUUACCGCCGGUAUCACCGAGCGCAUCGUCACACACCGUGUUGCACGUAGGCAUUACCUCAUGGCCACCCUUCAGCCCUUCAAGGAGGGUCACCACCCAGAACAAUACCGCGUCCCUUCACUCGACGGCAAAGAUCGUUGCAAGUACACACGCCAGAUCUUUGUGCAAAAGGGACAAAGAGUCAAGAUUGGCGAGCCUGUCAAGGUUUCGUUCUUCAGGCAGGUGGCGCCAGGCGCAACCCUCAUGUACGAGGAUAUUCUGUACGCAUGUGACGACGAUGUCUGCCCAGAGUACACCAAGGAUCCUCGCAUCAAGGAAGUCGUCACAUUGACAUCAGACCUAUCACGGAAAAACCUCGAAAAGGACUUUGAACGCAUGGAUACCCCUCAAGGCACUUUUUACCGCGUAUACUUUGACAUUUACCUUACUCUCGACGGCUCAGAGUUCAACGCCGAGCUCGUCUGCCAGGGCGAGGUCAUGGGCAGAUGCACAGCGCGCUUUAGGUAA